GCACACACGCACACGCCGUGAUGAAUCCGGCGUCUCCCUCACCGCUCGGACACCUCAAACCCAUUUCUCUAACUGCGCGAAGACGUUGCCAUAACCCAACCGCAACCAGUAUGUGGAAGGAGGAUUGUUUCAAAAAAACACACAUGCCAUGAAUCUUGAAUCCAGAAACUAUGAGCGGCCGCGCGGCGUGCUGUCCACCUGCCGUGGCGCUCUGGAGGAUUGGAAGUUGUGAGUCAGAGCCGGAGGACCAGCAACUUUUAUAGACUUUCGAGUCCACCGCCUGCAAGUAGGCAGCAGCCUCAGUUUAGACUCCUCUAACUCGGGGAUUGUGCGUGUGGAGAGCUUUGUCACUAGACCAGGGUUUUUUUUUUAGGUUAUGUGUUGUCCUGGGCGUCUUGAAGCGACGAGGAAAUGGCAUUUCCAUAAAGAAGAGGUCCCUGGGUUUUGUGGCUGACAAUGGAGAAUAAAUGAAAGGGACGUUUCCCGGGAUUAACUGACAGAACAACGACAGAAUGCAGGAGAGGGACCUACAGAGCACGUGCAGAAGGGCGCUGCUGCUGACCGUCUGUAUGGUGUCUCUCUGGGGACAACUGACCAGUGCAUCACACAGAAGCCACAUAGUUCAUGUGAAGGCAGGAACCUGUGAGGUAAUUGCUGCACACCGAUGCUGCAACAAGAACAAGAUCGAGGAGAGAUCCCAGACUGUCAAAUGCUCCUGCUUCCCCGGACAGGUGGCGGGAACAACAAGAGCGGCUCCAUCUUGUGUAGACGCAUCCAUAGUUGCUCAGAAGUGGUGGUGCCAGAUGCAUCCCUGCAUGGACGGGGAAGAGUGUAAAGUGCUGCCAGAUCUUAAAGGAUGGAGCUGCAGCACAGGGAACAAAGUCAAGACAACCAAGGUCACCCGAUAGUCGUCUGUUUCGAGGAUAACCUUAUUUCGGAGCCAGACGUUUCUUUGACCAACACCGCAGGACAUUUGGAUAUCAUGCGAUUUGAGGAUUGGUGGAAACCACGGACCAACAAGGACCUUAAUCAUGGACAUUCCAGUGAAUGAAUGAACGGGGAAAAAAAGGAAAAAGGGAGCUUGAAAUAAGACUACAUAUCCAGAUUCCUGACUUUUGAUCCAGCAUCAACAGUAGCUGUCUCUGAGCUCUGCUGCCCACCAAAUCUCUCUUUGUAUUAUAGUUUUAUUCCUAUGGACUAGAAGACUCGACCAUGAAGAUAUCUAUUGACUAAAAGACUGUGGAUUACACCAGAGGGGGGAAAAAAAAUCACCAUUAAAAACAAAAUCAUGUGAUGUGAAACUUUUGUGUUAUUUUCCUGCCACAAAGAGCCUCUGGACUCUUGAUGCAUAUCUGUGUUGAAGAACAUUUCAGUUCCUUUUAGCCUUAUGGAACAGAUAUCUCUUCUGUUUCUUUUAGUUGAUUUGAAGGUGUCUGGAUUUCUUUUUUUAAGUUUGUUAGGAUGUCAAGUCUUAUUUUCAAAGAAAAUGCCACAUCAAUAAAACCAAGAAAAAAAUGUACUGAUGUUUGACUACAAGUCACCAAGGGUCAACAUAGCUAAGUUCUGCCAAAAUGUUUUGAAGGUAUCUGUUGUUUUCAAAGCCUGGUGACUGCUAUUCAUUACAAAUGUCAAUAUUAUCUCAAUAAAUCUAACUCAAUGGA